AUGACGGUUCUGGACAGUGUCAAGGAGGCGGUCGGGCUGGGAGACCAUGCAGCUGCAGCUCCAGCAUCCAGAGAAGCUAUGCGCGAUGCUCGAUUACCACUCCAAUACCGUGACAGCUGCGCAAACCUUCUGAUUCCUCUCAACAAAUGCCGACACGAGAACUCGUUCCUGCCGUGGAGAUGUGAAGAUGAACGACACGGUUACGAAAAAUGCCAAUACGAGGAGUUCAAGAAGAGAGUGGCAAAGAUGGAGGAGAUCAAAGCGGCCAGAGCUGCAGCCAGCACUGCCUGA